AUGUAUGUCAAGGUCGUACAAUUACAAGAGAAGCCCCCACGAAUGGCGUUUGAAAUGGUGGCUCCGAAACGCCACGAGAUCACUGCGUGGAUUGCAGAAUCGUGGUCAGAGCUCAGUGCUGAUACUAUCGUGAGUGGAUUUGCUAAGACCGAACUGCUCACAGAUACACGCAGCCCUGUUGUCGCUAAAGAUCACGACAAACCCCAAGAUAUCAGUGAUGUACUCAACCAACUCGCCGAUCUCGGCGUAGCAGACGAGACAGGUGUCUCCGGUGACGAACUUGUCAGUAGUGACAGCUCUGAUAACGAAUAA